UGCCACCUGUCAGUGUCCAUCAGUGCCUUGUGUCAGUGCUCAUUAGUGCCUCGUGCCAGUGCCCAUCAGUGCCACAUCAAUGCCACAUAUCAGUGCCUACCAGUGCACAUCAAUGCCGCAUAUCAGUGCCCAUCUGAGCUGCCUUUCAGUGUCACCCAUCAGUGUCUGUCAGUGCCACCUAUCAGUGCUGCCAAUCAGUUCCACCUAUCAGUGCCAGUCGGUGCCGCCUAUGAGUGCCAGUCAGUGCCUCCUAUCAGUGCGCAUCAUCAGUGCCACCUAUCAGUGCCUGUCAGUGCUGCCUAUCAGUGCCAUGUAUCAGUGCUGCCUUUCAGUGCCCAUCAGUGAUGCCUGUCAAUGCCCAUCAGUGCCACCUACCAGUGCCUCCUCAUCAGUGCCACCUAUCAGUGUCCAUCAGUGCAGCCUAUCAGUGCCCAUCACUGCAGCCUCAUUAGCGCAUAUCAGUGAAGGAGAAAAAUCACUUAUUUACAAAAUUUUAUAA